AUGUCAACAAGUUGAGAAGAUAGGCAAAUCCAAUUCAAAUCCCCUCUGAAACCGUAAGACACUCACACGUUCGCACAACACCCACCUCAUCUUCAACGAUGCGGUGCGACGCUUCCUCUUGGCUCUGCGGUGGCCACGUUUCCGUCGCAACAACCGCACCGACUGCCACCACCGCUAGCCCCUCCUCCUCCUUUCUCUGCAAGACCACCGUUUCUUGCUGCACCGCCGCUCCUAAAGGCUCGUCCUCCUCAUCAUCGUCGUCUACUGGUUACGAGACUAGUCGUCCGUGGUACAAGCAGGAACAGUACAGUCAUGCUCCGCCGGACGUCGUACGCCAUUGGAUCCAAGCAGAAAAUCAACCACUCGCUUCUCGAGAUAGAUUUUCUGUUGCAUCAUAUAACAUUUUGGGGGAUCGAAAUGCUUUCUGGCAUAGAGAUAUGUACCGGAAUGUGCCUUCCAAAUAUCUCAAAUGGGACCAUCGUAGGAGGGUCAUAUGCGAUGAACUUGCGGAAUGGAACCCUGAUAUAAUGUGUUUGCAAGAAGUAGACAAGUAUUUUGAGCUCUCGGAGAUUCUAGCGAAAGUGGGAUAUGUCGGAUCAUAUAAGAGACGCACUGGAGGUUCCGUUGAUGGUUGCGCUAUUUUCUGGAAACCUGAUAAUUUUCGGUUGUUGGAGGAAGAGAGUAUUGAAUUCAAGGGCUAUGGACUUGGUGACAACGUUGCGCAACUCUCGGUUUUUGAGACGCAAAAAGCUGAAUCAAGAAAUGUAGUGAUCGGUAACAUCCACGUGCUUUAUAACCCAACCCGAGGGGAAGCAAAAUUAGGCCAGAUACGUUUUCUCAUAUCAAGGGCGAAAAUCCUCUCAGAGAGAUGGGGUAAUGCCCCUGUUGUCCUUUGCGGCGAUUUCAAUAUCACUCCUAAGAGUGCAAUAUACAAGUUCUUGUCAAAAUCUGAGCUGAAUAUCAUGUUAUAUGACAGAAGAGAGUUAUCUGGGCAGAGAGAUUGUCAUCCUGCUAAAGUUUUGGGUGCCAAACAAGAAAUUAGCAGUCCACUUACAAUGAUAGACGGAUUGCUGAAGCACUGCUGGACAGAUGAAGAAAUUAGAGUUGCAACCGGAGAUGCCGAUAGCCAUUUAGUUGUGCAUCCGAUGAAGCUUAACAGUUCCUAUGCCACGGUGCAGGGUUCUACAAGAACACGGGACCCCAAUGGUGAACCUGCAGCUACUACCUACCACUCAAAAUUUCUUGGAACCGUUGACUACUUAUGGUACUCUGAUGGACUUGUGCCCACUAGAGUUAUAGACACCGUUCCAGUUGAUGUUCUGCAAAAGAUUGGUAGCCUCCCUUGCAAGAAAGUGGGAAGCGAUCACUUGGCCUUAGUUACGGAGUUCGCCUUCAAACCGGGCACAAACGAAGACAACAAAGAAACUGCUGCAUCGUCAAGCAGAACAGCGUUUUCCAAGCUUUAGAGAAGGAAACUUGUUGGCAUACCUUGCAUCCGGAAACUUAAUAUUCUUCGCGCCCGCAGAAGGAUGUUUUAUAUCUUGAAUAGCAAGUAAAACGGAACAUAAAGCUAGAUUGUUGCUCCCCUCAACAUGUAUUGUAUUGAGCAUGCUUGGCUGCGAAAUUAAAAGCGGCAAGUGUUGCUGAAAAGCUGACCAUAAAUGGACUUGUGUUUGAAUAAUUGACAUCGAAAACUAUGAUGUCCUCUUGUGACUGAGUUUCAGCAGCGAAGCAUGGAUUUAUUGUUUUAUACA